AUGGUUCAACAAGCUCUUUUGCAUGAAGAAUCGAAGCAAGGACCUAAGAACGAGUCAGUUAAGAACGAGUCUGCCUUAAUGGGAAACCGAAAGAAAAAUUUUCAGGAAAGUCGAACGUGUUUUAAGUGUGGAACUGUUGGCCAUAUUCGUCGAAAUUGCCCUCAAGAAAAAGCGAGAUAUACAAAGCCAGUGUAUAAAUCAAGACAUGGAGCAAAAGUCGGAAAGACCCAAAACUCUGAUAGUGAAUCUGAAAGUGGUGCUUGUGUAUUUACAGUGUCCGAGGGAAAUGCAAAGCUUUCUGAUUGUCAUUGGUUGAUCGAUUCUGGAGCUUCAAGUCAUAUGACGAAGGAAAAAAGUGUUCUGGUGAACUAUCAACAGUUUGGGGAACCCGAAAGCGUUGCCUUGGGAGAUGGUCGUGUUGUACAAGCGUUGGGAUCUGGUAACGUGCAUAUGGAUAUGUUGUUCUCUGGGAGCAAGUCGAAGCGAGGUGUACUGUGUAAUGUGUUGUAUGUUCCAAAGCUUACCUCUAACCUGUUUUCCGUUCAAGCUGCCGUUGCGAAAGGUAACGUGGUGAAGUUUCGUGGUGAUAAAUGCUGGAUAAGUGAUGCCAGUGGGAGACUACGAGGAAUGGGAUCAUUAGCCAACAAGUUGUACAAGUUGGAUUGCGAAGACGUCUCAGACGGACACGCUACGUUAGCUUCACAGGAAAGUAGUGAUCUUUGGCAUCAACGGUUGGGACACGUACACGAGCAACGGCUAAAUAGCUGCAUUAAGAAUAAUAUUGUGAAAGGAAUUUGUUGUGAAAACGUUGACAAACUUUCGUUCUGUGAAGCAUGUUUGGCUGGAAAAAUGCAUCGAAAGCCAUUUCUUGCUCGGGAAGAAAUUCGUUCAUCUCACAAGCUACAGCUAGUACAUAGCGAUGUGUGUGGUCCAAUGCAAACAGAGUCAUUUGGCGGAGCAAGCUAUUUCGUGACGUUCACUGAUGAUUACUCUCGAUGUUGUGCAGUGUACUUUAUGAAGCAGAAGUUAGAAGUUCUGGAGAAAUUUAAAGAGUUUGAGGCUGCAGCAACGAACGAGGCUGGAAGAUCGAUAGGAAUAUUGCGAACUGAUAAUGGUGGCGAGUAUCCUUCCACAGAAUUUCAAGAUUAUCUCAAAGCGAAAGGUAUUAAGCAUGAAUUAACUGUUCCAUAUUCUCCUCGGCAAAAUGGUGUUGCUGAACGUAUGAAUAGAACAUUGGUCGAGUCUGCUCGGUCGAUGAUCGCACAAGCAAGAUUACCUAAGAUGUACUGGGCUGAAGCCAUUUCCACGGCUGUUUAUGUGAGAAAUCGAAUGCCUACGACAGCAAUCAAAGGGAAUCAUACAACGCCGUACGAGCGAUGGUAUGAAAGAAAACCGAACGUCAGUCAUUUCCGUGUGUUUGGGUGUAUGGCCUUCGCCCAUGUUCCAGACAGCAAACGACAAAAAUUGGACAAGAAAGCGGAAAGACUACGCUUUGUUGGUUAUUGUCGUACAUCGAAAGGAUACCGUUUGUUCGAUGAAAUCAAGCGAAAGAUGGUCGUCCGAAGGGAUGUCGAGUUCAAUGAAAACGAUUUUGGCGACAAGGAUGAAAUGAUGACGACAAAAUCUCAAGAUCAAACGACAGAAGACGUGAAAGACGAAACGGUGGAAUUCGAAGAAGAAAAAGUGGGAGAAGAAGUAUCCACAGAACCAAGGACUUCUGGUAGAACACGGAAAGCUCCUGUCAGAUAUGGAUACGACGAGUAUGCAGAGACUGCUAGUCCUGUACAUCCCGCACGUCAUGUCGCUUACAAUGUAUGUGAGAUAGAAGAACCCUCGUCCAUGAGUGAAGCUAAAGAAAACCAACACUCGAAAGAAUGGAUGGCUGCUGCUGACUCAGAAUACAAUUCACUGGUGGAAAACAAGACCUGGAGACUUGUACAGUUGCCACCUGGUCGAACAGCUAUUGGUUGCAGAUGGGUAUUCAGAGCGAAGCACGAUUCUGAUGGAAGAGUAGUUUCAUUUAACAUUUAA